UAAGGAUCGGCCAAAGGGCGGGUAGUAAUACGACCUGGUUACAGUUGUAAAUUAUAAUCCCUUGUGAGCCAGUCAACAAAGAUGAGCACAGGCCAGGUUGGGAAGAAGUUGAUCAACUGUGUUGAUCGCUGUGUGGAUGAGAGUUUGGAAGGGUUUGUGCGUUGUCAUGCUGGUGUCCAAGUGCUGGACUCUCACAGGGUGGUGGUCAGGUCAGACAUUAGUGAGGUCAUCAGUGAGGGAAAGGUGACCCUGGUCAGUGGUGGGGGCUCUGGACAUGAACCUGCUCAUGCUGGCUACGUGGGGAAGGGCAUGUUAAGUGCCGUGGUGGCAGGGUCUGUGUUCACAUCCCCUCCACCAGCUGAUAUACUGGCUGCAAUAAGAACAGUUGGAAGUAGAGCUGGUACGCUUUUGAUAGUGAAGAAUUACACAGGAGAUAGAUUGAACUUUGGUCUGGCUGCUGAACGGGCUCAGAAUGAGGGGUAUAAAGUGGGCAUGGUGAUCGUUGAUGAGGAUUGUGCCUUAGCUUCCGCGGACAAGACUGCGGGCCGACGUGGACUCUGUGGUACUGUCAUUGCCCACAAGUUAGCAGGAGCUAUGGCUGAGCAGGGAAAGCCUCUUGAAGAGAUUGUGACAAGCCUGAAAGAGUCUAUUAGGCAGAUGGGGACAAUCGGGCUAAGCUUGACCCCAUGUAGUGUACCAGGCUCUGGCCCUUCCUUCAGCCUGGCAGCAGAUGAGAUGGAGCUCGGGCUGGGCAUCCAUGGCGAGGCUGGAGUGAAGAGGAUGAAACUAACAUCUGCCAAGGAAGCUGUACAGAUUAUGAUCAAUCACAUGACCAAUCCAGCCAAUCAGACUUCCUUAAAACUCAAAUCUGGGGAUGAAGUGGCCUGCAUGGUGAAUAACCUGGGAGGAACCUCUGUCCUGGAAAUGAAUAUUCUAGCCAUGGAGUCUUAUUCCUACUUAGAUACAAAGGGCGUGUCCGUGACCCAACUAUAUAACGGGACGUUUAUGAGCUCUCUGGAAAUGGCUGGGUUCUCCAUCACAAUUCUGGUCCUCAACGACUUCCUGAAGCAGUGCUUGGAUAGCCCCACAAGAGCCCCAGGCUGGGUGUUACCUCACAACCCCAUAGGAGCCACUCACAAGCAGAGCCCAGUUGUACAGAACAAGGGCGACCAAUCCACUGUGGAAGUCCAGUUAUCUAAAGAUCAACAGUCCGAUCUGUAUCAGGCUGUGAAGGGUGCGUGUGUGAUACUUAUUGCCAGCGAGUUGGAACUAAAUGCUCUUGACAAACAGAGUGGGGAUGGAGAUUGCGGAUCAACCCUCAGGAGAGGGGCACAAGCAAUAUUGGAGGUGUUGGGUACUAGUGGAGAUCCCCCGCCCUUGAUGAGUAACGCAGCAAACUUGUUUGUUGUUCUGGCUGAGACGGUGGAGAAAACCAUGGGUGGAUCAUCAGGGGCUCUUUACAGCCUGUUCUUGACCGCAGCUUCUCGGUCACUAACCUCAGGGGUCAGCACACAGUCCUUCAGCUCAGCUAUCGCCGAAGGUAUUAAGGCUAUACAGACGUACGGUGGUGCUCGCAAAGGAGACAGAACUCUGCUAGACGCCUUAAUCCCGGCUGCUGACAAACUAGCUGCUCUUGCCGGAGGAGAAUCGCAGAGUAGCGCUGAAAUACUAUCCCAGAUGGCAGAGGCAGCAGAGGCCGGUGCUAAGACCACUGUGGGCAUGAGAGCUCAGGCAGGUCGAGCUAGUUACGUCAGUGGUGAUCACUUAACCCAGGCUGACCCCGGGGCCAGUGGCGUGGCGAUCAUCUUGAGGGCAGCCAGUGAUACCCUGAAGAACAGGAAAUAACAGGGCACAGUGCCACAAAACAUACUUAGGCUGAUUACGUUUGGGCUUCAACAUGUUUUUUGCAAUCAGGACCAAGAAUAUAUACAUAAACAUAUAUUUCUAUUGCAUGUGAAGUGAAGUGGAGCUAGGCAAAUGCUCUGAAAUACCUCUCUGAUUUUUCCCAAGUUAACAAGUCAUUCUGUUUUCAAAUAUUAUUUUUGGAAGUUUACACACACCAUAGUUCUCAAAUAUAAUACAAAGACCUUGAUUUGUCACUUGACACUUUGUGACAAGUUUUAUAAAGAGUGUUACAAAGCCAUGAGGACAGUAGAAACAACAUACUUUUGUUUUCAUGUACACAAAAGGUGAUAUGCAUUGCCUAAGUUAAAAUUCAGAACUUCAGUAUUAGGCAUGAUUAAUGAACGAAGAAUUUUAAACCAUUAAUAGAUUUGCUUUGGCCUAACACAUGUUCCCAAUUUUGACUCUUUCAGUCUCUAAAAAUUUGCAUUUAAAUAACAUUUUAAAUUUUGACUUCUCUCACAACAUGUAGUCCUGGAAUGAGGCCUAUGCAUUAUUUGUUUGCAUACUUUGCCUCACAACAUCACAAUUAUAACUGAGCCUGUAGUUAACAUGAUUUAAAAAAAUAAUUUUGUUUAGCAGGAAGUGUGACUUCAUCUGUUUCUGACUCCAAGUGUUUUUGUCCUUACAUAUACUUUAAGUUUUAGCCAAACUAUAAAUGCUUAUUCGAAUACGCACACUAUGCCUUGUAAGACCAGUGAAAAUCACUUACAUUACCACAUUACAUUACAGUUAAAUUUGGACAAGUAAAUUGGGUUUCAUGACAAUUUGUUCAAUGGUACAAUUCUCCCAGACAGAGAAAAAUGAUAUGUGCAAUGUAUUUUUAAUUUCUUUUUUUGAUUAUUCACUAACAAAAUGUGAACAAAUUUAUGAUAUUUUUAUAUGCACUUUAUACAUGCAUUAAUACAAGAUGUUAUUUUAUAAGGUGUAAAUUGUAUGAAAUUUUAAACUGACAUGAACAAAAAUAUUACGCAUUUGUAUGUUAAGCAACUUUGUUUUUGUCAUGAAGAUGAACAGAUUUUAUUACAUCACUGAGAUAUAUUGAAAAUUUGCCAUAUUCUCCCUGUAAUCUAAAUUUAUGCAUAUUUAAAUGCUAACUUUGUAAAUUUCUUUUUCACUUGCCGAUGGAACAAGUGCCAUGUAUGCUACUUAGUGAUACUAUUUGACCUAUUUAAGGAGUGCGAUAUGCAUGUAUCACACACAAAACUUUUAUAUCAUGAAUUCCUGGUUUAUCAUCCAAUAAAAUUAUUGAUACACAUAUCAUUAUGAGAAAAGAAAUUUACAAGUCAGCGUUAUAAAUGUGAUGACAGUCUAUUUAUCAAAAUUGUAGAAUUCGUAAACUAAUUUCGCCUCCAGUUUAAGUUUCUUCAUUAAUUUAUAUGAUUCCUGUUUUACACACUAACCAAGACUACUUCACUCAGAACAGUAG